AUGUAGGGAGCAUUAGAGAUUUAAAGCAUCAAAUAGCAAAAAAGUACAAAAGUACAAAUAGUAUUUUUGUACUAGAUUUGUUGGUUGUAAAAGUUGCAGAUAAAAAUGAUUAUUAAUUUAAGAUUUAUUUUCACAAACUCCCAAUAAUAUUUUUCUUUCCUAUAUUCUGAAUAUAGCAAACCAUAAGAUAACCUUACAGAGCAAUAAUCAAGAAUUUUAACUUUCUUCUUUAAUACAAUAAUCCCUAUUAGUGGAAGUAAUAUUGCCCAUAUUAAAAAAAGAGGCAAAAAUAAUAACAAGAAAUAUAAAUAGUAUUGCAUUGUAUAACAUUUCAAAGUUACAUCUGCAGUCAGAUACUUAGUUCCUCCAAUAUCUCUACAAGAUAUGAUUUGUACCAAUUCAGAGAUUAUGCUCGGUUACAAAUAUAAAUAGAUAAAUAUUGCUACUGUGAUGAUUAAGUUCUUUUCAAAUUUCUUAAAAAACUUAAUCAAAAAUAAGAGAUAAUAUAUAGUGACCAAAAAGAAAAAAUAGCUUAUUGAUAAUAUUUAUGACCAGAUAAUUCUACCAUAUGCAUGA